UGCACCGGCGCGCCGAGCAGAUGAAUGAAGAUGAGAUCGUGUUUAGACUUCGUGCAUUCAGAGAGGAUUUUUACCUCCAUCUGUCUCCAGAUUCGAGUUUCAUUGCAGCUGGGAGUGUUUCAGCACCCGACACCUUUGCAGGCUCUGAAUUCAGGGAAUGCUUCUACUCCGGCGAUGUCAACGCAGACCCCGACUCCUUUGCCGCGCUGAGCCUGUGCAAAGGCCUGCAGGGGGGAUUCUUCUAUAACGGCGUGGAAUAUUUUAUUAGCCAGACCGAGACUGAAGACGCAGGGGCCGCUUCUGUGCGUGGAAACUCCUUCGACAGGACGCAUAUCAUUCGCCGCCGCAGACGCGCAGCGCACUCAGCUGGAAACUUCACCAGCAGGUGUGGAGUUCCACCUGACACCAACUUCACCGUCUCCCUGGAGAGAUACAAGUACAUGAGAGAACUGGAGACGGACGGCUUAACCGAGACUGUGCUCAAUUCCUUGGGGAGGUCUAAAAGGUUCGCCGCCGUCCCCAGGUUUGUGGAGGUGCUGGUUGUGGCAGAUGAAUCUAUGGCUAAAUUUCACGGGGAUGGCCUAAAGCAUUACGUUCUGACCCUCAUGUCAGUAGCAGCCAGGCUUUACAAGCACCCCAGCAUCCUCAACUCCAUAAACAUAGUGGUGGUGGGCUUCAUGGUGAUAAACGACGACGACAAGGGACCGAAGGUUUCCAGUAAUGCUGCUCUGACUCUGCGCAACUUCUGCUCCUGGCAGAAGAAGUUAAAUAAACACAGUGACAAGCACCCCGAGUACUGGGACACAGCCAUUCUGUUCACUAAACAGGAUCUUUGUGGAGCCACAACCUGCGAUACGCUGGGGAUGGCUGAUGUUGGGACCAUGUGCGACCCGAAGAGGAGCUGCUCCGUCAUCGAGGAUGACGGCUUACCCUCUGCUUUCACAACUGCUCAUGAACUUGGCCACGUUUUCAACAUGCCCCACGACAAUGUGAAGGCAUGUGAGGAGGUAUUUGGGAAACUAAAGGACAACCACAUGAUGUCUCCCACGCUGAUUCAGAUAGACAGGAGCCGACCCUGGUCUGUGUGCAGUGCAGCCAUCGUUACCGAGUUCCUGGACAGAGGUCACGGAGACUGUCUGCUGGACCAGCCUCAGAAGCAGCUGACACUGCCAGACAACCUGCCCGGCUCCAGCUACAGCCUGCACCGUCAGUGCGAGCUUGCAUUUGGCCCCGGCUCCAAACCCUGCCCUUACAUGCAGCCCUGCUCCAAGCUGUGGUGCACGGGAAAGGCCCGAGGACAGCUGGUCUGCCAAACUCGACAUUUCCCCUGGGCCGAUGGCACAAGCUGUGGCAACGGCAAGGUUUGCUACCAGGGGGCUUGCUCUGUGAAGAACAGCACUGAGCACAUCAAGGUCGAUGGUCGGUGGGGUAAGUGGGGUUCAUUUGGUGACUGUUCCAGAAGUUGUGGAGGGGGAGUUCAGCUGGCCAGAAGAGAGUGCAACAACCCUGUCCCUGAAAACGGAGGCAAAUACUGCUACGGCCUUCGUGUCAAGUACCGUUCCUGUAACCUCAGCCCUUGUCCUGACACAGAUAAAAGCUUCCGCGAGGAGCAAUGCGAGGCCUUCAACGGCCUAAACCUGAACACCAAUCGGCUGGGCUCGUCUGUGGUUUGGGUUCCCAAAUAUUCAGGCAUCUCUCCCAAGGACAAAUGCAAGCUCAUCUGCCGUGCCAAUGGGACCGGAUACUUCUACGUCCUUGCUCCAAAGGUUGUGGAUGGGACACCAUGUUCCCCGGACACUACGUCUGUGUGCGUUCAGGGAAAAUGCAUCAAGGCAGGCUGUGACGGCAAGCUGGACUCUAACAGGAAGUUUGAUAAGUGUGGUGUAUGUGGUGGGGACAACCAAGGCUGCAAGAAGGUCUCAGGAUUGUUCACCAAGCCAGUCCAUGGCUACAACUUUGUGGUGAUGCUGCCCGUUGGGGCGUCCAACAUUGACAUCCGUCAACGGGGCUACCGAGGAAUGGUCAGCGAUGAAAACUACUUAGCCGUGAAGAACCGCCACGGCAAGUACCUCCUGAACGGCAACUACGUGGUGUCAGCUGUUGAGCGUGACCUGCUGGUGAAGGGCAGCCUGCUGCGCUACAGCGGUACCUCCACAUCUGUGGAGAUCCUUCAGGCCACCAGACCCCUGGAGGAGCCUCUGACUGUGGAGGUGCUCUCUGUAGGGAAGAUGACUCCUCCCAGAGUACGCUACUCCUUCUACAUCGCUAAGGAGAGCAAGGAGGAGAAGACUCUGUGGAAAGAAGAAAAAAGUCAUAAAUCACAGAACAGCGUCUUGGCUGAUAACAACAAAAUUGAGUCUAAGAAGCAGGUGAUGGGGAAGAGACCCGUGAGUCACUGGGUGACAGGUGGAUGGGAUUCGUGCACAGUGACUUGUGGGAGUGGUCUGCAGAAGAGGCUGGUACAGUGCCAGAGUGUGGAUGGACGUCCUGCUGUGGACUGUGAUGGUGCUGACCGGCCCGCGUCAGUAAGAGCAUGCGGGGAUCCGUGUCCCAUGUGGGAUGUUGGGACUUGGUCUCACUGCUCCAAGUCAUGUGGGAGGGGCUUUAAAAGGCGGCUGGUGCGCUGUAUUACCGAGAACGGCCUGAAUCUGCCCAGAGAGCACUGCUCUGGGAAAAGGAAGCCUCAGGAGCUGGACCUGUGCAAUCUGAAGCAAUGCUAG